AAUUUUGUUUUUCUGGGUAAUUUUCCUGUUUAAUUUCUAGAUUUAUCUUAAUUACCUACCCAAAGUUAAUCUUUUUGUGUUAAUUGCCUAAUUCCUUGCGUAACCCAUCUGCCUAAUUCACUCCUUCUGCUUAAUCUUCGUUCUUUCAUUUACGCUGCUGGAACGGCCGACCCAUCAUUGAACGGCUACUGUACAAAGCCAAAAAAUAUAAUGGGAAUGUGAUCUUCAGAAAUGGAGAAUAGCUGGGAGACAAGGAACGAGUUUCAGCCUGUGACAGAGACAGAGACAGACACCAAAAAAAUGGGGUGAAGAAGCUGAUUGAGUUUCUUGUAUGAUUGGGAUCAAGCAAGCUGUUUCAGCCGUUCUAGAGGCUUUUGGCCCCUGGUUCGAAAAAGGGUUGGUUUCUGAAGUGUGUUUGAAGAAUGAGAUAAUGCUUUAACCUUUAGUUCAUUGUACUUUAGCGACUUUCUUCCUGAUUCAAGCUUGGCAUAGGUGAACUCAGUGACAAGAAGCUGGAAAGGCUCAUGGAUUAUUAACUAGGGGGUGAGUUCAAAUCGUGCUAGUCUGGCCUGGAUCCGUUACCUCGACUAUUACUGGUGCAAGGACCAGGCUUUUCCAAGGUCUAAACAUUUUGUUUGGUUGUUGUUUGCCGGAGUCAUGGCAACCUUAAUGCAUUCUGAAUCUCGGCGCUUAUAUUCUUGGUGGUGGGAUAGCCAUAUCAGCCCCAAAAAUUCAAAAUGGCUACAGGAGAAUCUAACAGACAUGGAUGCCAAAGUAAAAGCAAUGAUCAAACUAAUUGAAGAGGAUGCAGACUCCUUUGCCAGAAGAGCAGAAAUGUACUAUAAGAAACGUCCAGAGCUUAUGAAAUUAGUUGAGGAAUUCUACCGAGCCUACCGUGCUUUAGCUGAAAGAUAUGACCAUGCAACUGUGGAACUUCGCCAUGCACAUAAAGCCAUGGCUCAAGCCUUUGACAACCAAAUGCCUCCUUUUAUGUUUUCCGAUGAGUCUUCUGUUUCAGAAGCUGAAUCCCACACGCCAGAAAUCCACCUCCCAAACCAUGCACUGCAUGCCAAAGAUGACUUGCACAAGGAAUCGGGGAGUUCUUCGUCAACAAACCAACAUCCAUUGAGAAUGAAAGGAGAUGGUGCUGGGGAAUCUAAUUCUUGCGUAAGUAAAGGAGGUCUGAAACAGCUCAAUGAGAUGUUUGCAUCAAGAAAAAAUGGGCCAGAAACUUUAGAGGUUAGUGAGGGAAGCAUUGGAACGCAAUCAGUUUUUCAUGAAGGCGAAUCUGAUCCUUCUCAAUUAUCAAGGCAAAUUAAUGAUCACGACUCUCAGGUCCUGUGUGAGUCAGUCUCAGAAAGUGAUGAAAAAUUGGAUGCUGAAAUUCAAAAUUUAAGAAAAAGACUGAAUCAGAUGGAAGCUGAAAAGGAAGCUUUCUUUCUCAAAUACCAGAAUUCUCUGGAGAAGUUAUCCAGCUUGGAGAAAGAACUUAGUUCUGCUCAAAAAGAUGCUGGUGGACUUGACGAAAGAGCAAGCAAAGCUGAAAUUGAAAUAAAAAUAUUGAAGGAAGCCCUUCUAGAUUUGAAAGCAGAGAAGAAUUCUGGCCUUCUACAAUAUAAUCAAUGUUUGCAAAAGAUAUCUAGCUUAGAAAAGCUAUUAGCUGUAACCCAACAAGAUGCUGAAGGACAAAAUGAGAGAGCUGCUAAGGCAGAAAUUGAAGCUCAGAACCUUGAGCAACAACUUUCCAGAUUAGAAUCUGAAAAGGAGGUCAGUCUUCUUCAGUAUGAGCAAUGCCUAAAGAAGAUAUCUGCUUUAGAGAACAAAAUAUCUCUUUCUGAAGAUUAUGCAAGGAUGCUUGAUGAACAAAUGAAUAGUUCAGAAGCUGAAGUGAAAGCACUGAAGAGAUCUCUUGAUGAACUUAACGAAGAGAAGGAAAUUGCAUCUCGCAAUUAUGAGCAGUGCUUGGAAAAAAUUGCCAAGAUGGAAACUGAAAUAUCUUAUGCUCAAGAUGAUGCCAAACGUCUGAAAGGCGAACUUGUGAUGACUAAUGCAAAAUUGGAGACGACGGAAGAAAGGUGUGCUCAUUUGGAGAAGUCGAACCAUUCGCUUCAGUUCGAGGCAGACAAACUUGUACAGAAGAUUGCCAUUAAGGAUCGGGAGCUUGCUGAAAAGCAAGAUGAGUUGAAAAAAUUGCAUAAUUUAAUGAAUGAGGAGCAAUCACGAUUUGUACAAGUUGAGAAAACUCUUCACACUCUGCAGAAGUUACAUUGUCAGUCUCAGGAGGAGCAGAGAGCUCUGACCUUGGAGCUUAAAAAUGGUCUCAUGAUGCUGAAGGAUUUGGAUAUAUGCAAACAUGGGAUGGAGGAAGAGCUUCAACGAGUUAAGGAUGAAAACAAAAUGUUGAAUGAAUUGCAUUUUUCUUCCAAUACUUCAAUGAAGAAUUUAGAGGACCAAUUAUCUGGCUUGAAGGAGAUAAAAGAGAAGCUUGAAGAGGUGGUUUCCCAAAAAGAAGAGCAGAGCAACUUGCUUGAGAAAGAGAUCUAUCAUUUGAGAGAAGAAAUUAAAGGCUUGAGUGGAAGAUACCAGGGUAUAAUGAGACAAUUGGAGGCAGUAGGAUUGGAUCCGCACUCCCUUGAAUCCUCUGUGAAGGAAUUUCAAGAGGAAAAUGCCAAGCUGAGGGAGGCCUGUGAAAAGGACAGGAACAAGAUCGAAGCACUUUAUGAAAAACUCAGUUAUAUGGAUGCACUUGCAAAGGAAAAUUCGAAUCUCAAGGUAUCUCUGGCUGAAUUGAAUGCUGAACUGGAGAAGAUAAGGGAGAAAGUCAAGGAAUCCCAGGAGGUUUCCCAAUUUACCCAGGGAGAAAAAACUGCUCUUGUUGCAGAGAAAUCUUCCUUGCUUUCACAACUGCAGAAUGUAACUGAGAAUAUGAUGAAACUUUUAGAGAAGAACACAUUGCUGGAAGCCUCCCUAUCUAGUGCAAAUAAAGAGCUUGAAGGAUUAAGGGCAAAAACAAAGGGCUUAGAAGAAUUUUGCCAGUUGCUGAAGGAUGAGAGAUCCAAUCUCUUGAAUGAAAGAGGUGCACUGGUGGCUCAGCUUGAAAACAUUGAACUGAGACUUGGAAACCUGGAAAAGAGGUUUACGAAUCUAGAAGAAAAAUAUGCUGAUCUGGAAAAUGACAAAGAUUCUGCCUUACAUCAAGUGGAAGAAUUGAGAUUUUCCCUUCUCAUAGAAGAACAAGAGCAUACAAGUUACAAGCAGUCGACUGAGGCCAGACUUGCUGGUUUGGAGAACAAUGUCCAUAAACUACGAGAAGAAAGUAGAGUGAGCAAGGAAGAAAUUGAAGAGCUACUAGACAAGGCUGUGAAUGCCCAAGUUGAAAUCUACAUAUUGCAGAAGUUUGUUGAGGAUUUGGAAGAGAAAAAUCUUUCUUUGAUUAUUGAAUGCGAACAAUAUGAGGAGGCAUCCAAGUUAUCAGAUAAACUUAUUACUGAACUGGAAGGUGAAAAUCUUGAGCAACAAGUUGAAGUAGAAUUUAUGUACAAUGAAAUUGAUAAAUUAAGAGCAGGAAUCUGUAAGGUAUUAAUGGCACUUCAAAUGGAUCAAGAUUGUGGGCAGGGAAAUGUGAAAGAAGAGAGAAUUAUGAUAGUGGAUAUUUUGGCCAGAAUUGAGGAUUUGAAAGCUUCUGUGUUCAAAAACAAGGACAAGAAGCAGCAACUGUUAGUUCAGAACUCAGUUUUAUUAACUCUUCUCAAGCAACUGAGUUUAGAGAGUGAAGAACUUCUGUCAGAGAAAGAGAACAUUGUGCAGGAGUUAAAGAUCAUGAAGGGCCAACUAGCAAUGCAUGAAAAUGACAAGCAUGAGCUUCUGAAGAUGAAAAACCAGUUGAUGAUGCAAGUUAGCCAGUGGGAACAGCAUGAGCUACUGCUGAAGGCUGAGAUUGAAACUCUAAAUGAGAAGCUAAUAAAUCUGCAAGGGGCCUGUCUUAUGCUGGAAAAGGAAAAUUUUAAUGUUGCUGAAGAAAAAAAAACGUUGCUGAAGAAAUUUCUGGACCUUGAAGAGGACAAGAAUAUUAUUCAACAAGAGCAGCACAAUUUAAUCAUCCAGGAAGUGAUUGCUUUCAACAUUCUAUCAUCAAUUUUUGAAAGCUUCAAAACCGAGAAAUUCUUGGAAAUAGAAAAGCUUGUUAAAGAUAUAUGUCAUCUCCAAGUGGUUAAUUCUGAUUCAAGGGAAGAAUUCGGAAAGUUGGCAGAGAAAUUUCAGUUGAAGGAAGUGGAAAAUUUGCAUUUAAAUGGAUCUGUAGAGAAAUUGUCCAAGGAGGUACAUGAAGCAGAAGACUUGAACGAUGAACUUAACUAUCAAAUUUUACUGGGAAAUGAUUUUCUGAGGCUAAAGGCCCAAGAGCUAUCUGAAGCAGAAGCAGAGCUUAAAAAUUCUCAAAAUGUCAACAUGAAGUUGUCUGGGACAGUUGAGGAGCUCAAGAUGGAAGGUAAGGAAUCGAUGAAGAUCAGACACGGCCUACAGAAUGAGAAUUUUCAACUUUCUGAAAAGUGCUUAAGCCAGGAGAAUGAUAUUCAAAGCCUCUGUGAAGUAAAUAAAAAUUUAAAAUCUGAAGUUGAUUUGUUGAAUGAGGAGGUUGGGAAAUGCAAAAUUCGAGAGGAGUGUCUAAGUUUAGAACUACAGGAAAGAAGAGAUGAAUUUGAGCUCUGGGAAGCUGAAGCCACAACAUUUUAUUUUGAUCUUCAAAUCUCAUCAAUACGGGAGGUUUUGUACGAACAUAAGGUUCAUGAACUUGCACAGGCUUGUGAAAAUGCUGGGGAUGAGAACGCUGCAAAAACUAUGGAGAUUGAACAACUCAGAGAAAGAGUCAGUUUCCUAGAAACUGAAAUCAGAGAAAUGGAGUCACAGUUGUCUGCAUAUAAGCCCGCCAUAGCUUCUUUGAGGGAGGAUGUAGAAUCACUCAAGCAUAUUGUUCUUCCUCAGACUAGGGAUACCUGUAGAGGUUUUAUAGGAGAAGAGGGCGAGGAAACCACAAUUCAUGUUGAUCACAGGAUCUGUAAUGGCCACAAAUAUGAGAUAUUGGAUUUACAGAAGAUUGGGGCCAUGAUAAAAGCAGUUGAGAAGGCUGUGAUCAAGGAAAAGGAAAAACUCAGCAAAGAAGCUACUGACAAACAUAUCAAAGACUUCAAAUCAGAAGGAGCCCCCCGUCAGAAAGUGACGAUGAAGGAAAAGAAAGAUUUGGUAGAUGGAAUUACUAGUAAUCUGAAGACAAGAAAGAAGAAACCCGACAAUGGAAUAUUAAUGAAAGAUAUUCCAUUGGAUCAUGUAUCAGAUAGUUCUUUUCAGAGAAGAAGCAAAAGGGAAAGUAGUGAGACCAAUGAUCAAAUGCUUAAGUUGUGGGAAACUGAUGAGCAGGAUUGUGACCAGAAUUUGGUUGAUAGCUCGCCACCACAAAGCCCACCUGAUCCACAAAUCGAGUACCCACAUUUGGAAAUUGUAGAGCAUAAGAGUCCAGACUUUUCCUCAGAACUGCAAGCAGAGAAGGAGUUGAGCGUUGAUAGAUUAGAACUAUCUCCCAGUAUUAGAGAACGAAUUCGAAGAGGCCGAAAAGGAAAGAUUUUAGAGAGGCUUGAUUCAGAUGUCGUUCAAUUGACAGGUCUUCUAACAAGCGUUCAAGAUCUGAAAAAGAGAAUUGAAGUGAACACCCUUGAAAUGGCCAGAAACAACGAAUAUGACACGGUCGAAAAACAUAUAAAAGAAGUCGAGGAAGCCAUUUAUCAGCAAGUAAAUAUGAAUGGUCAACUGAAGCAGAAUUUAGAACGCAGUCCUUCAUCCUUUGAGCGAAGACCAUCAGUCGAGCUCGAAGCAACUGGAAACAUCCCCCUAAGUAAACUAACAGAGCAGGCACAAAGAGGAUCCGAGAAGAUAGGAAAACUACAGUUUGAGGUACAGAACAUUCAGCGUGUUGUGCUGAAACUUGAAGCCGAGAAGAAAAGAAAAGGGAAGAACAAAUUCUCCAAGAGUAAACCUGGUGUUAUUCUGAGAGACUUCAUCUGCAGAAGCGGAAAACGAAGUGAAAGACGAAAGAAGUCGUGCUCUUGUGGAUGCACAAGACCUACUACUCAUGGAGACUGAAUAACGUGAUAGUUUGUCAGAACAGUACUAAUGUUAUAGAGGCAGCAGCAGGUAGAGAUCCCCUUGUAAGUUGUAUAAUUGUAGCAUGGUUGUCUGUAGAUCAUCUGUGGAUCUGUUUGAGAAAUAUUCUUUUUUUUUUUUUUUUUUUUUUUUUAACUUUGAUCUAAUGAUAGUUUUUGUAAUAAUCAUUAUGUCCUUUCUAAAACUUGUGCUACACUGUGCUGGCUUUAUUAAUUUUGGUGAAUAGGGCCCCUGCUGCUCAAUGCAGACAUAACUGGCACAUGGAGUGGCAAAAAAGUUGCCCUUUGAAAAGGAACACUUAGCUUGAUUUUGAUAAUCGGAAUCUAGUAAAGGAUUUUCAUGUGGAUUCUCAUGUU